AUGCAACCACCAUCCCAGGUUAACCCUUCAGGGCGCCCAGACACCCUCCGGCUCAGACAUGCUGCCGCUGCAGCCAAAGUAGACUCGGAUGCCCCGGUGGCCACAAACAAAUUAGAUCGUCAAGUUCAGGAGGAGACCCAGGGCCGAUUCCACCUCCUUGGGGACCCCAGGAACAACAACUGUUCCCUGGAGAUCAGAGACGCCAGGAAGAGCGACAGCGGUUCCUACUCUUUUCGUGUAGAAAAAGGAACUAUCAAAUGGAGUUACACGCCUGAACAGUUCGUCUUGAAUGUGACAGCCCUCACCCACCAGCCCCACGUCCUCAGCCUGGGGGCCCUGGAGCCCGGCCGCCCCGGUAACCUGACCUGCUCCGUGCCCUGGGCCUGUGAGCGGGCCACGCCCCCCAUCUUCUCCUGGACAUCAGCUGCCCCCAGCUCCCUGGGCCCCAGGACCCCCUUCUCGUCGGUGCUCACCCUCACCCCACGGCCCCAGGACCACGGCACCAGGCUCACCUGCCAAGUGAAGUUCCCCGGAAGUGGGGCGAUGGUGGAGUGGACCAUCCUGCUCAAUGUCACCGGUGAGUGA